ACGAGACAUGAAAACUGCCGUAAUAAGUUGAUUUUUGGACUUAUGCUAUUCAUUUAUUUAUAUUCGCAAAUUUGCUCAUAUGCGGUUACAUUAUUUGCGAGAAUUCACAUCCAGGGAUAGUUUUUUUUUUUUAAAGUUAAAUAUGGAAAAGGAGAAUGAUCCCAUUUGUAACAAUUUAACGUAAGGCCGCGAGUACAUGAGCCACUUAUGGUCGCCACGGAGAGGCGCCACACUGAAUCUUGUUUAAUGAGCCACUGUGGCUCUUGAGUCUUGACUCAGUCACACUAGAGUCGCCCGAGUGUGUCUGGGUACAAGCCACUGUGUUCAUAUGGACUUUAUGAUAAAGAGAUAUACCUGUUUUGAUUAUUUUUCCCUGAACACUCCUUCUCUUUGAAGGCCGAAGAUAUCACACGUCACCCCCUCUGCCUUGCUUUUGCAAUUUCAUCGCUGUAGUCAUCUGCAUCGACUCUAGCAACGGUAUGAAAAUAAUAAUGGAAGAGCAAAAUUGGUAGAUCUACAGUACUAUUCCGCGGCGGCCUAGACUAUGGCAGUUGCGGGUUUCUAUGCAGUUUUACCUCCUGAACAAGAAUUUUAAGUAAUAUUUAUUCGGACGACUGUAAUUAACCCCGGGGGCCAGUACUAAACACGGCUAAAUACAUUGGACGCCCCAAUCCCUAGUGGAUGUCGUAUUCGCGGUUACGUUCCUUGCAGUCCGUGCAGAACUAUUCUUUAGAAUUACCGCAAAAUUAAUGACGGUGUUCCAGUAGUUGGUCAGUGGCGACACACAGUGGCGGGGAUCAGCAAUCGCUCUGCCACAGUCGCCUGCCCAAGAAAGACAGACGUUCGUGAGCUCGACGUAGGUGAUAAACAGUGGAAACGUGGCUCGUGUAUUCACAGAAUAAACAAGACUGAAUUCAGUUGCCCAAGAAGUCGAAAAUUCCAUUAAUUUCUAGUGACCAUUAUAGGACUCUGUAAUUGUUUGUGAGCCUGAUAUCACUUGAUUUACGAGUCGAAAACUUAGCCCCCUACAUAUGCAGUGAUAAGGAUUCCCAACAAGCUCACUGCUGGAAUGAAAAUUGCUCAACGAAAGAGUAACGAUGGUCAAAUUAUUGAAGAUCCUCCAGACCUUAACGGCUGCGAUGGCUAUUAUAGCAAUUAUUCGUCUUUUAUCCGGUCAGCCUGUCAGUCAGGGAAAAUUAGGGUUUUCCAGGAACAACGGCAGUAAAGAAAUUCUACCACCGUUCAUCAUUAUCGUGUGCCAUGAUAGAGGAAAGUCCCUGACUUCCUCCUUUGCACGGCAAUUGAAUCAAGUUACGGUGCUUCUCAAGUCAGCUGUGACGUUUACGAGCGAAACCUUGAGAUUCCUUGUCGUAACAAAUUCGGAGACGAUCUUCGAGAAAAUCCAGUCUAUCCCACGAGCGUGGCCGAGUAGUUACAGUUCUCGGCUCCAGUUCGAAUCCCGCCCAGUCUGGUACCCAGCAGACAGAAAGGACAGCAUGAAAGGUCUCCUGAGACCCUGCUCAUCUGCCAGACUCUUCCUGCCGGAGACCUUGAGGGACGUAGAUGCUGCUGUUCUCCUCGACACGGACACGAUAUUCCUAAGGUCUCCGGAGGAACUCUUGAGGGAAGUAUACAAAUUCAACGGGUUGCAGGCAGCGGGACUGGCUCAGACUUCGAGGGGCUACAGAGGUCUAAAUAUUCCUUACCCAAAGCCUAGAGGAGUUAACACUGGCGUGAUGGUCAUGAAUAUGACGAGACUCCGAGCUCUCCCAGGUGGCUGGUCAGGGGUGACCUUGAAGGCGUUUGACGAAAAUAGGAAAGUACUCUCCAAGACGGUGACGAACGAUAUCGUCAAUAUCGCUCUGGCCCAGAAUCGUCAGAUACUCUAUAAACUGAACUGCGUUUGGAACUACAACACUGGCUGCUGCAGGGGGAAACGCAACCCGUGCACGAACGCUGAGAAGACCGGUGUCUACCUCCUCCACGGCACAUCUGGGGCUUUCGUUGACGACUCUUUCCUCAAAUUCAGAGCUGUUUACGAGGCCUGGCAGGACUACCAGCUUGGUUCGCCGCUGUCCAAACUCCUCGGAGAUAUGGAAAGAAGGCUGAAGGUCAGCGCUUCUCCGAAGACGAUCUGUGAUAGAAUAACUAACCUGGAAGACAUCUUUACCAAGUCGCUGAAAACCAUGUUAGAGUAGAUGUUUCUGCUCUAGUCGGUCGCGUCCUAUACAUAAGUCAUUAGAAGCCAGUGAUCUAGUCAUCCCCGGCCAGUCUUGGAGGAGGGGACAAGGCCUCCUAACCUUUCCUACCCAGUGUAUCACCUGCCUUCUCGGCCCAGCUUUACUUCAAAAUUUGCGUUCUGAAAAUCCACAGGAUAUAUAGAUAAUAGUUACAGCCAACUCUAGGCAACCUGAACCUCUAAGCCCUAUCAAUCAUUUUCCAGUGACAGCCAGUACUCUUGUAUAUGUAUGACUGAUGUAUAUCUGACCUUUGGUUAAAUAAAAUACUGAAAUGCU